GGACCCCAGCUAUUUUCCUGAUCCCCCGCCAGGCGUGCAACCAGCCAUGCAUAACAAAUAACACGACCCCAUGAAUGGCCACGAAGUGAAGUCAAGCUGUUUGCCUGAUCCAUUUUUCAUUGUUCGCCCUGCUUUUCCCACUUUGAACGAGGGCUUGUGGCAUCAGGAAGUUAAAAGGAGUCAGGAGGGGGGAAAAGGGGGAGUGUUUCUUUUAAAAAGAGAGUGAGAUUGGAGAGGAGGACACAGGCACUCAAAACCCUGUCUGUGCUUGGUAUAUUAGGCAGCCAGUGCUCUUGGCUGGGAGCCCAGACGAGGCUUUUGUAAUCAAAACAUGAUCUUGUAUGCUGUGCAACCAGUGCUGAGAAAGGCCGUCUGAUGGCUCUCCUCUUUUAGCUCUGCUCUGGAAUCUGCUGGGCUUCGCCGCCGAUGUCCAACAUGCACCGAGCUGAUGCUGCUGUGGAUGAUGCAGUGUUAAGGAAGAAAGAGCAGAAAGAUGUUGAACUUGAUAAGAAAAUCUUGGCUUUGCGGAAGAAGAAUGAAGCGCUCAUACGAAGAUACCAGGAAAUAGAAGAGGACAAAAAGCGAGCUGAGCAGGAGGGAAUGGCUGUUACCUCCAGGAGACCCAAGCAGGAUGGCCUCACUAUUACCAUCACCAAAGCUCACAAUGACCUGAAAGAUGCAAUUACCCAGACUGAACACUAUGGACAAGAUAGCCCAGCCCUCUCGAUGGACAAAAGGGUGGUGAGUGAGAAAUGGGGGAGCCCCUGUCCUACGAGCCCUGGGUUUGGCAUUGGCAGUGAGGAAGAGGAGGAGGAGGAAGCAGAUCAUAUGUUCACGUUCAGGAUGGGGAAGAGGAUGCAACUGGCUGUUACCAUGGACAACAAAGCCAAGGGCAAGCGGAUCGUCAGUGAGAAACGUGCUGAGUGCUUCCCUGGCCCAGGCAGAGUGCCAGACCUGAGCGAAGAAGAGACAGACCAUUUGGUGGCUUUCCGCCGGGGGAGAAGGAUGCAGAUUGCCAUCACCAUGGAUAACAAGGAAAAAGCAGAGGAGAGGAGAACAGCAGAGAAGAGGAGAUCAGACAGUGACAGAGGCCCAGAGAGUGAGCAAGGCCGGAAGGAUGGUGGGAAGUCAGUGCAGAAAUGUCCCGGGGACCUGAGUUUUCCUAUGACUGGACGGGAACGGUCGGAGUACAUACGCUGGAAGAGGGAGCGAGAUCAGAUUGACCUGGAACGACUGGCGCGUCACAAGAACGCGAAGGGCGAGUGGCGACGGGCUUGGGAUGUGGAGAAGUCAGAGCACAUGUUUGAAGAGGACUUUGUUAAGGAUGGGGAGCCAGCCUUGGAUAAUCCCAGCAAUAAGAAAGGGGGAAGAAACGCAAGGAAAUUCCAGCACAGGUCCUUUCCUCCCAAUGGGAGAGGUGGAGGACAGCAUGGAGUGAAUGUGAGCGAUCCUGCUCUGAAAGCAGUACCUGCUGUGAGCAGCCGAGCCAAAGGAAAGGACAGACUGACCGGCAGAGCCAGAAGAUGGGAUGCAAAAGAAGGCGAGGACAUAUCUUUUCUGAAGGAUGACCUUGACAGCCAGAGGAGCCUUGGUAUGGACAAGCGGAAGAACAGAGGUGAGGAUGGGGUGGAAGCGAACUGCACAGCUGAACUGGAGGAGAAGGUGAAACAGCCAAGCCUCCAAGAUCAUGGGGCCUCCUCAUCACAAAGACUACGAGGUGGAAAGGUCCAGUCUGCCCACAAUGGCCAGAAGGAGGAGCGGAGAGGCAUGAAGAGCUUCAGCAUGGAGGCACCUGCAGCCAGCACAGGUGACUCGGAGCCAGGGCCCAAGCCAAGUAAGGAAGGCGUUGUGGAAGAUGCCAAUGGGAAACCUGGCACUUCUGACAUCUGCCAGGAGAAGGAGAGCACUGACAGCACUGCUUCACAGAGCAGCCCUCCAAGCACUGUGCAGGCCACCAGGCGUGGCAGUGAGGAGACCUUGUCAUUGCCCAUGGGAGCGAAUUUAGAUGGAGCUGGCUUAGAGAAAAACACAGCUUCAGAGCAGGAGUCCACUGAGGGCUCUUCAAACAGUCAUGGAGGAAAGCUGGACACAGUAGGAGGAGACAGACUGGAUGCAAGUCAAGGACAGCUGGUGAAAACAAGAGGGGAGGAAGCAACCCAUAAUACUGCCCUUCAGGGGCAGACACUUGCACUGAAAGGAGGUGAAGAUGCUGAAGGCACUGAACACAGAGGAGAGCCUUUGCCCCCAAGGAAAGCCAACUCUGACAAGACUGUUUUGUCCAAGCAGGACACAGCAAAAUCACAGCCCAGGGAAGGGGACCAGGCCGAGGAUUGCAAGGACAAGGACAGUGGGGACACUCUCAACUAGCAAAGAUUGCACUGGUUUGCCUGAGACAGAAGGCUAACACGCUGAAGGUGGUGGAUGAAAGGAGAAGAGGAGCACAAGCUUGUCCUCACUCUUUUACCUUCUAUGAAAUCAUCUUUCAGCACCUCCCCAGUGCCCUUCAGCACCCAUUUGCAACACAUGGGGUCCCCCGUCAACACCCCCCACUCCCAGUUUUGGCAUCACCCUUUCCUAUCCAUAUGCCAAAGGACAGGGAAGGCUACACACACUCCCAACCUACAAAGAAAACACUUAUCCUUUGUAUUUGUUUUGCCUAUAUUGCAGCUGUGUGGCAAGCCCAUGAAAUGUCUACUGGAUGCACUUUAUUUUAUUUAAUAACUAAUUCUGCUUAAAGUUAAGAUUUAAGUUUCUAGGCACACCACCCGUUUCCUCCCACAGAGGCUGGCAGGGGACUGCACGUGCUGGGAGGACGGCAGGGGCUGUGCGAGCUCCCGGUCGCUGUCGGGCAGGGAGCAGGCGACUGGCACAGCAGAGCAUUAGGAGACCCGGUGAGAGGUGUUACAUUGUAGUUCAGUAGCUGGAUGAAAAAGUAGUGUUUAGGGCAGCUCUUGUACUAGAGGUUUGUAUGUGGUUGAAGUGCUGGCAGAAGCGUAUGGUAGCUGCAUGGGCCAUGGGACACGAAGGGGAUGGAGAGUCCUCCAGUGACACUGUGGGGUGCAGGUGCUUUUGACAAGCACACAUCAACUACCGCACCUUGUCCUUUACCAGCUUGCUUUCCUCCUGUUGCAGCAGAGGCCAGGUCAGCACAUUAGGAGCCCAUGCUUUUUUCUGAGGUGGCUGCUAGACUGAGCAGGUAUGUAUGCAGCUCAGCACAACACCGUGCCCACUUCAUAGGGCCAUGAGUAUCUACAGUAGCUGGAGAUGCUUGCAGCUUUUAUGUGCCGAGCAGGGCAAGGAGGAGGACAGCACAAAUGCAAUAAUUUUCCUUCUCCACCACACUGCACAAAGGAGUUGGCAGCAGGACCCAGCCCAAAUUGCAGCUGAAGGUCUAAGGCUUCCUAUCAAAUGUUUUAAAGUUCCUGGUUGUGCCUUUCAUAGCCUUGUGCUUGAAUAAGGGGGCAGCAGUUCCUCUGGAAGCUGCCAUGCAGACAUUUUGACCUGGCCUUAAAAGACACCUUUCAAAUCGAGGAUCUGGAUGAGCAUUUACAAGCAUAAAUGUGCGAGAAUCCCAGCUGCUCGGACUUCCCCAAGCAGCUAAGAGAUUCACAGCAAACCAGGACCUAGCUGAAAGACAGCUACCAAUUAAGGUGGCAGAAGACAGGCACAAGGAAUAACACAACAUAGUUUCUGAAUUCUGAAUGACAGAGCAAAGAGGAUCUCACCUCUGUUUUGAAGUGCUGCUCUAAAACUUGGUGCAGGAGUACACAUACAUGCAGACACAUAUGCGUGGAGAUUUAUUGGAUUUCAUUGCAGGACGCAUUCACUAACCAAAAUGGCAGAGUGCCUUGGUGAUAAGGUUGGCACGUGUGGACUGAAAUACUGUAUCCUGUUUUAAUAAACUAAUAUUUGCACAGAUAAACAUUUUGGUUUUCCACAUAACUUAGAUCUACAGCACCUAUCUCAUGAAGAACAAGCCUGGGAAUUUCCUCUACAUGCCAAAUUCAGGGGAGUUUACUGGCAUCAGACCAGAUAUUAUCAAGAAACAGAGUGUGCAGCUUUCAUGUUUUAUCAGCAGAAACAUCUUAAUCCCACCAAAGACCAGACUGGGUUUAUUUGGACUUAUCCCACAGAUAAAAAGAACAGAUAGAAAAAAGAAGCCAGACUGUAGAACUGCUCCAUGUCCUGGAGAUUCUCCAUCACUGUUAAAGGCUGAUAUGCCUUACCUGACCGGCUCAAAAACCUGCUUACAAUUGUUUAUUUUUUUUAAAUUUAUUAUUAUUUUGUACAUCAGGUGACUGAUCUCAAUCUUGGUCCAGUCAGACUGAGACAUUACCAGCAAAUACCAGGAACUGGCUUGCCUCAUGGUCCACACAAAAUACAGUCUCAGAUCAAGAGCUUGUUGCACCUCAGCAGCAGUCAGGCACACAGCCAGGUAAACAAACUUUUAUAUUGCCCCUGGUCCAGCACUUAGUUGUAGAGAUAAAAAACUCAGCUGCAGUUGUAGCUGUAUUUUAUGGCCCUAGACUCCUUUUUGAAAGGAAAACUGUCACUUUUCCCACAUUCCCUCCUUUUUCUCCUACAAAUCCAAGUAACUUUGCAUUCAGUGAUGCCUAGGAAGGACUGAGUCUGUACCAAGCUCCAGGGAUGGGACUGUACAGAUAGUGCCUGUUUCUAAGUGUAAUUUUUUUCCUGCUCAUUAACACUUCGCUUGAAUGCACUUUGGUUGGUGCCUGGAUUGCCAUUUUUCAGAAAACUGUGGCUAGCUGUUUCUUCUUUACAGUGAGAGAAAAGACUGAAAAAUCGAAAAAUCUGAUGUAGAGGAAUUAUUUAUAUGAAAUAAAAGUUGUAAUGAGGAAAAAGCUCCAGUUUCUUCAGUGUUUUUCAGUCCCACAUGUAGAGUUUUCUGAACUGAAUCAGUAAUCUCUGCUUUUUAGAGCAACAGCUCCAAUUCAGAUGGCUUACCCCUUAGGACUGCACUUCACUCUUGGGCUAGCUCGGCUAACUCACCCGAAAAGCUUGCUGCAGUGAAGACAGCCUGCAUUGUAACGCAAGGCUCACUUUUCAGAGGCAUCAAAGCCUUCUCAUUGCCACAGCCCUUUUCUUGCAAGCAAAUGUGAUGGCAGCUUGCAGAGUGCAAAGUCAUCUGCCUACAAGAGGUAGCUGUUUCCUCCCAGCAGUGGCUGGUAGCUCAGGGAUUUUGUGAAAGUUAUUCUAGCUCUUCCAGACAACAGGAAAAAACAGCAGCAACUCAGGCAGAACACCCUUUUCUUUAAACAGAAGAAACAGUUUGCGGCUAGACUCUCUUCUACUUGGUAAAAUGUACCACCAAAUGUCAACACAGCAACUCUGUAACUACAAUUUGUAUCAAAAUUUGUUUCAGACUAGUGAAUCAACUCUUGUAUAAAGAGAUCAAUUUUAAAACCCUCAAGCCAAGGACAAAAAUACAUCUGGAUAAAGUUGGAGAUGCUUCAGUUUCCAAAGCUUUACCAAGCCAAUUGCUGUACGAGGCAACGACAUAAAAUCUUGACAGCAGUUCCAGCUCUCCAUUCUUAUCCCAGCAAAUCUAAUACCUACAGCAGAAGCAGAAUGCACAAAUUACUAACAAGUGAAGCCUUAUACAGAGUCUAGAAGCAGAAAUAAUGGAAAUGUUCACUGAUCUUCAACACCAGUUCCCCUCCAGAUAAAUUGGUUGCAAAUGGCAGGAGCCUGAAGCUAAACUGGCAUUUAGACAGGAAUUUUUGUAUUUGGAGUGUGUAAUACAGUAGUUAGUGCUUUUUAAGUUAUGUGGAAAGCUUUUUAAGUCAAUUAGAGGCACAGAGCAGGAGCAGGGUACAGCACUGCUGUGCAGUUCAAAGCACUGCCUGCUGCCUUCCCUCAGAAAAAAGGACAAGUUCAAGAACAGCUCAACCAGUUCACAGGCUCACAGGCUGGGCAGCUACUGGCAGGCAAAGCCAACACACUGGGAAGUCCACAGCCACUUCCUGACAGCACCAGCUUAGUGCAGCAACACAACAACUGACCAGAUGUGAAGCUCUCCCAAAACUGCCUCUGAACACACGCAGCAUAGACAGAAGUCAAGCUUUACCUCCUUAGCUUCAUGCUCCAGCUCAGGUAUAGCUGUUUCUUAUACCGUACCCCUCUCCACACACUUCAGCACCUCCAGGACUCACAACUGGCUGUCAAUAAUACCCCUCCCCACAUGCAUAACCCUCACCAGAGUGGCCCACUGAGAUUUGUUUUGAAGCAGCCACUGAUUUUGUUGUCAACACUACACCACAAGCCUGCUUUUCAGCUACACUCAUGAAUUAAGCCAAGAUCUGGAGUAAAAAUAACACCACUUUCCUUGUCAGAAAUACAGCCCCGUCCCAGGAAUCUGGGAUUGAGAUGGUAUGCACUACAUCAGUUGAGACCAGGAGACAACAUGUGUGAGGAAGAGGUAGCUUUUAGAAAAUUAAAAUGUGAGCUAGCUGCUGGAGCAUAUUACAUGCUCCAGUAACUUUUUUUCCAGCCAUUUCCCUUCCUUCUGGUCCCUCUGCACGUGAAUUACACCAAAUGCACUCUCCUUGAACAAACUGAGCUCAAUGGGACAAGACCAGCGCAUACUGGCAGAGGACAAGCACUAUACAUCAGUAAGUAGGUGUAAACCCAGAGGCAUCUAUGUGCAAGGAAAGAAUCAAGAAGGUUUAAAAAAACAUCCUCUGAUCUA